AAAGAAUACUGAAGGAAGCAAGAAAGGUAUCCAAACCAAAAUGGCUCUUCUUUCUUCGCUUUCUUCGUCGCCAUGUCCUCCCUCUCCUUUUCUCUUCAAUCAUUUUCUUCAUUCUUCUUCUUGCUCCUCCAUUUCCAGGCUUUGCUUCACUUCCUUCAAUUCCAUCUCUGCAAUGCCUCCGUCUUCCCCUGAUGUCUGUGCCAAACACUCCCUCAAAAUUGAUACCUCUUUGCUUACCCUCGUCGAGUCGUUCUAUGAAGACGAGCUCCGGGCCGCUUCCUCCCUCCGUGUCCGUUCCUUCCACAACUUUUCCCCCGACACUUUCGGCCUUCAAGAUCAUAUGAAGUACUUGGCUGACCGCGAAUUUGAGGCACUCAAGGAACGUGUUUCGGGGACGAGAGCUGGCUUCAGAAGAGUCUCUUGUAUAAAUGCUUCCCUCCCGGAAUCGCAUGUAUAUAGCAUUUCCAAUGAAUUAUGCUCUGCGUGUAAGUUUUCUGCCUAUGGUGAAGACAGAGUUGUAGUUGGUACACUAGAUUUGAAUCAGUGCCUCAGCCUGCCUGAUGAAAUUUCUGGAAUAAAGCCAGAGGUAAUUGGAUCUGAUGUCACAAGGGCAUACCUCAGUAAUGUAUGUGUUGCUAAAGAGUUGCAGAGGAAUGGUUUGGGCUAUGCUCUUCUUGAAAAGGCAAAGAUGGUUGCUCAUGAUUGGGGCAUGACAGAUCUGUAUGUGCAUGUUGCUGUGAACAACGAACCAGCUAGGAGAUUGUAUGUGAAGAGUGGGUUUGUGUAUGAAAGUGAUGAACCAGCAUGGCAAGCCAGGUUCCUCGAUCGACCCCGCAGACUACUCCUAUGGACAGGUCUCUCAAGGGCCUAGUCUUACAGUACUCAUUACUGUCAAAUUGAUUUACUGUCUAUACUAGAAGCUCAUUACUUUACUCACUUUAUUCAGAUUCCAUUUUUUCCCCUUCCUUUUCAUUCCAAAUCCAAAUGUAAAUUUUUGUCAUAUCCUCAGUUGUAAUUCUGGAUGACCAAGGAGUAUAAUUCUUAUGUGCUACUAGAUUGAAAUAUUAUAGUUGAAGAAAUACUUGGAUUUUGA